AUGGGGCGCCUGGGCAGCGCGCCCGGGCUCGGGCUGCUGGGCAGGGGGGGGAGGCUGGGCGCGGUGGCGACUGUGGGGGAGGUGAUGGUGGGGGGGAGCAGCACAGGGGAGGAGGUGCAAGGAGUGGUGCCGUGGCAUAUGCGUGAGGCGAGACCAGGAGUGCUGGAGCUCAACCCUGGCAACCUGCAUGCAGCCCUCCGACGCAGGCCGACAUUCCUGAUGUUCUACGCGCCGUGGUGUCCGCACUGCAAGCGCAUGGAGCAGGCAUGGGCGGACCUGGCGGGCAGGCUCAAGGACCUCGACUUCAACGUGCAGGUGGCGCGCGUCGACGCCUACCGCUACCCACAGCUGGCUGAGGAGUUUCAGAUUCCGGGCUUCCCCACGCUCGUGCUGUUUGACGGGGAGAAGCCGCUGGGAGCGGCUAACUCCACGCUCGUGCUGUUUGACGGGGAGAAGCCGCUGGGCAUGCACUGGGGGAAGCGGGAUGUGGACACGCUCGUGGGCUUUGUCGAUGCCACGCUGCCGUGA